AUCUCUCCCUCUUUCUCUCUCAACUCUCAUACAAUCUCUUGGAUCUACAACUCUGCAAAUUCUCUGCUCAACUUGUUCCUCACACAACUCAUGACUCUAAUUUCUUCAACUCUUAUUUAAUUCCCAACAAGAGCGCAACAUAUAUAGCAAUCAUCGAGAUGCGUUCGCCGAGCUCAUUGAAGCAAGAAUUUCUCAAGAAAUGGAUAUUGGGUCUCCAAGUAUGUAAUUCUUUGAAGAAUAUGAACGUAUUCGAGAGGAAGAAGGCGAUAAAGCUAUCGGCGGACGUGGCCAUGGCGUCUAGCAGAAACGUUAAAACUUGUUGGAGCCGUGCUCUCAUUGCUAAUGCUUCAAGAAACGAUAAUGGCAAAGAAUUUGUAGGGAAAAUUCUGGGUUCUGAUUACGAGAGGCAAAAUAAGAAUUCAACGAUGAGCAGGAGGACGAGAUGCAGGAAGAUCUUGAAGAGGAGCUGCACUACAAUUCGUAAAGCAAUGAAAAGAUCAACACCUUCUCGACCGAAAGUUUUCGCCUUUUCGGUCGCGAAGAAGAUGAUUAAAAAGAGAACACAAUUGUUGAAAAGUGUGGUGCCGGGUGGAGAAUUCAUGGAUGAAGUAUCGUUGAUCGAAGAAACCCUAGAUUAUAUAAUAUCUCUUCGAGCUCAAAUAGAUGUAAUGAAGAGUUUUGCGAACGCCACUGAGAUAGAAAAUCGGAAAAAAGAUCGGCAAUGGUGAAGCUGAAGUAGAUUCUCUCUAUUUUACAAAUGUUAUUAUAAUUACCUUUUGCUUUCCUUAAUUUUAUCUCCUUUUUGCAAUAAUAUGAAUAGAUAGAUCAUGAAGGAGAAACGAUCGAAGCUGCCUCUAGUUAAAGAAUGUACAGAUGAAUUUAUAUGUAAGUCAAUCUAUAUAAUAUAAAUAAAUAUAUAUAUAUAU